UUCAGAUUCACACUCCAAAAAUUGUACUUUUCGUCCACUAUCCUGGCUUUAUCGAUAACAUACCGGGGGUCGAUUUCUCCGCGCCCCGAGACUUGCCGGCAGCUAGCUCCCAAAUUUAACGGCCUAGGACCCUGGUAGAAACUCAACCUUUGACGGACUUUGAUGCGACAUAACGAUGACAAUGGCGAGUCCCAAUUGCUGGCGCUGCCUCGCGCGGCCGUCUCAACGACUGCUGGUGCCGACUUCGAUAGCAGGCCCCUCCACAACUGCGGCAUUCACCACAUCAGCCGCCCGUUUCGCCGGCGAGAGGAAGGAGGCCGGCGGCAACCCCCUCUCGCGACACAUUCGAUCGGGCAAGAAGCUUAUUCUCGGCAAGAAGAGGCACAAGGGCGACAAGAGCAGCGGCAAGUCCGUGGGCGAGGGCGAGCGAAAGGCCUUCAGGAAGCGUAUAACGCUCAGUAAUAACAAUGCCCUCGAUGUACCAGGACUCGACGAAAUCACGGCCGAGAACAUGACGGACCAGGCUGCCGUGGGACAGGUCAUGGGCAUCCCGGAGGAGGUGAUCGACCAAUUGAGAAUUGUAGAGGCCUUUAAGCCAACGCAGCAAUGGGGCUUGUUCAGACGUCCGCACAUGCUGAUCAGACGGGAGACUGUCGACUUUGUCAAAGCCAUGACGGAGACGGUGGCAAGGAAGGGGACGUUCAGGUCGGUUGUGACGGGGCCGAGAGGCAGUGGAAAGAGCAUGCUGGGGCUUCAGGCGCUCUGUGCCGGUUUUCUGAACAAAUAUGUGGUUAUCAAUAUCCCCGAAGCCCAAGAUAUCGUCAACGCUCACACAGAGUACGCCACCAUCCCCAACACGAAUAUGUUCUCCCAGCCUGUCUACCUCAUCAAGCUCAUGCAAGAUAUGUAUGCCACCAACAAGGAAGUCCUGUCUAAACAACAAGUCGGCCUCGAUCACAUGCAUCUCCCCAUCUCCGUCCCCCGUGGUUGGUCGCUCGCCCAGUUGGCCAGCGCAACCAAAGAGCCGGAAUUCGCCUGGCCCGUAUUCCAGGCCCUGUGGAAAGAACUGCUCCUCCCAGGCCGUCCACCCAUUAUGUUCUCCCUCGACGGCCUGAGCCACAUCAUGCGCCCGAGUGACUAUCGCAGCCCAUCUUUCGAGCUCAUUCACAGCCAUGACCUGAGUCUCAUCCGACUUUUCGUCGAUGCGUUGGGCGGCAAGACGCACUUUGCCAACGGAGCUAGCAUUGUCGGUAUCAUGACCAAGGGCAACUCGCUGAAGAUCAAGUCCUUGGAGAAGGCGCUGGAGCAAGCGGCAGCCGCGCAAGCUGGGCUCAAGAUUCCACCCCGGGACCCGUUCUAUUCCAAAUAUGACGAGAAGGUCUUUGAAUCCCUGAAGGGCGUCGGUAUAUUUGAGGUCAAUGGCGUAUCCAAGGCCGAGGCGCGUGCGUUGAUGGAGUACUGGGCUGCGAGUGGAAUUCUCAGGAUGAGGAUUGAUGAAAAGAACGUCAGUGAGCGAUGGACGCUGGCAGGCAACGGAGUCCUAGGUGAAAUGGAGCGGGCUAGCUUGUUCCCGUUGAGGUUAUAGAUGUAUUUGCAAGUACAGACGGUGGAAUGAAAAGGGGCGAGAUGAGCAUUGUAUGAUCUUGUACAAAUAUAGACGUACAGCUAUGUAAAAAUAACUGCUAGACAACCAUAUCGGUGAGGCGUUUCAAUUACCCUGGGCCUGUGGAUAUGUCGCUGAGAUGGUGAGCUAGAGGUAAAAGAGUCAUGCCCUUAACUUAAGGCGAUCAAAGUUCAUCACGCACUAUGAAUCAUAUGUGACCGCAGUUUUUGGUUUGAGCUGGUAGAUAUGCAGUAUCCCUUGACGAACCGGGUUGAGGUCUACUCCCACCUGCGCUUUAAUGAAAAGCAUAUUUGGUAC